AUGGCGGGCUGCGUGAGCGGCAACACCUCAAGAAACGAGCCGUUCACUGAGAUGCACGACUCAAGCAACAGAGUUGAAAUCUACAACAGCACAUGGGGAACAGUCUGUGAUGACGGCUGGGAUCUAACUGAUGCUCAUGUGGUCUGCAGACAGUUGUCCUGUGGGACAGCAUUAAAAGUUACUUCGUCAGCUGUCUUUGGUGAAGGAACUGCUUCUGUGAUCAGAUUAAGUGGAUCAACCUCAUGUUCCGGAAGAGUUGAAAUCUACAACAGUACAUGGGGAACAGUCUGUGAUGACGGCUGGGAUCUAGCUGAUGCUCAGGUGGUCUGCAGACAGUUGUCCUGUGGGACAGCAUUAGCAGCCACUUCGUCAGCUGUCUUUGGUGAAGGAACUGGUCAAAUCGGGCUUGAUGAUGUGAACUGUUUAGGCAAUGAAAAUUCUCUAACCAGCUGUCAACACCCGGAGUACGGGAAACACAACUGUGGACAUAGUGAGGAUGCUGGUGUUGUUUGCUCAGGUGAGAAAAACUUUUAAUAUCAUUGACACG